GUUGAAUCGAAAAAAAAUUGAGGACAUCGGAGUCUAUUAAAAAAAAAAAAGGUAAAAGGGACCAAAAUUUCUUUUUUUUCAUUUUUUUUUCUCUUUUUAUUCUUUCUCUCUUUUUCAGUUUGUUACCAUGUCAAGUUCAAAGAUUCAACUUGACCAACCUAAUUAUCUUUCAACUCAACAAACGGAAUCUAUCAGUUUAUAUGACGAAGAUCUUAAACCUUUUCGGAAAUCAGUAUAUAUCUCUUCUACUGUGGCUGCUCUAGGUGGCGCUUUGUGUGGCUUUGAUACUGGUGCUAUCUCUUCCAUUCUUGCCAUGAACAUCUUUAUCGAUAAGUUCUUCACCAAGGAUACUUAUACUUAUCUUCAAGGUUUAUUAUUGGCUUUUUACUUGAUGACAGCUGCUUUAGGAGCUUUUUUCUCUGGUUUCUUUUGUGAUCGCCUUAGUCGCAAAUAUACUAUUGCUGGUGCUUCUCUUAUCUUUUGUAUUGGUGUUUUAUUUCAAAUCAUUGGUUAUAAUUUUGCUUUGUUAUGUGCUGGAAGACUUGUAACUGGGUUUGGUGCUGGCUUGAUGACCAAUGCUAUACCUUUAUAUCAUUCUGAAAUUAGUCCACCUGAUAUCCGUGGUCGACUUAUUAGUCUAUUUACAUUGAUGAGUACAUUUGGGCAGGUGAUUGGUUAUUUUGUGACCUUUGGUACAAGUUACUUGACUACAGACUGGAGUUGGCGUGCACCUUGGAUGGUUCAAUUAUUUUCUGGUGCUCUUUUUGGUGUAUUUGCUUUGACAUUACCCUUUUCUCCUCGUUGGUUAGUGGAUCAAGGUCGUACAAAUGAAGCUCUUGACGUCCUGGCUGAUCUCAAUGAAUUACAAACAGAUCAUCCCGCGGUACAAAGGGAAUAUAAUGAAAUCAAGACUGAAAUUGAAUUUGAACAAUCUCUAGGCAAUCGUACCUAUGGUGAACUCUUUGUUGGUAGCAAUCUCAAACGAACUUUGAUUGCUUUCUUUAUCUCUAUCUCCACCUCAUUCACUGGCUCUGUAGCUAUUUGGUAUUAUUCUCCUCAAAUUAUGGCCAGUGCUGGUCUUUCGGAUGUCUCGGCUUCCAUUGCCACUUCUGGUGCCUCGGGAAUCUUGUCCAUCAUCGCCACUUUCUUUUCUCUUCAGUUCAUGAUUGAUCGCUUGGGUCGUGUUCCUGUCUUCCAAAUUGGUGCUGGUUUGAUGGGUAUCUCUAUGUUUGUAGUUGGAGCCAUGUUUGCUUGUUAUACUGUUGUCAAUGUGGAUACUGGCGAAGUUAUAGUUGUGAAUACUAAUGCUCGGAACACCAUCAUUGCCUUUAUUUAUAUCUUUACUGCCUCGUUUGCCUUUAGUUAUGGUAUGGCAUCCUAUCUUUAUCCUGCUGAGAUAUUUAAUAUGCGUUGUCGUGCAAAAGGUCUUGCUCUAACUUAUGGUCUUAAUUGGGGUUUCUCUAUUUUGAUUACUUACUGUGUACCUUUAUUCAUGGCAUCUACGGUGUCUGGUGUGUAUUUCUUCUUUGGUGCCUGUUGUGUGGUUUGUCUGAUUGGUGUUAGUUUCAUUCCAGAAACAAAAGGAAAGACUUUAGAAGAAAUGGAAAUUCUUUUUGGUGCAAAAUUGGAUCAAGUUUAAAGUAUACCAAAAAAAAAAAAAAGAUAUAUUAAGAAACAAAAAAUAUUAUUUAUUCCAUUUUAUCUAUUUUUUAUCUAUAUAUAUAUAUUAUUUUUAUUUAGACUUUUAUAGGAAUAAAGGUAUCAAUUGAUUUGGCUAUCAUGACUCAAAGGGGUGCCUUCAUUGAAUAUUAUAUAUUCAUUGAUGGCUGAGAUUAUACUCUUAUUUAGCUGACCAGGAUAAUGCCUGCGUAGUGAUUGAGUCAUUUGGGAUGGAUGGGUUGGAUCAAGCUCUCAAUAUGUCAUUGGAUGAUGUGUGCUCAAUAAUGGAGUUAGAUCAACACGAGUGAUGAUUUGGGAACUCAACAAUGGAGUAAAUCAAACAAUGAUAUUGGAAGCUAUGGAAUCUUAGUUUUAUGAAUUGGGCUUAAAAAAAAAGGUAAGGGUAUUACUGGAGCGGUGUGAUUUUAUUAUGAUGAUGAUUAGUUAGAAC